UCUAUUCUAGCUUAUUACACAUUUAUUUUAGUUUUUAUAUUCAUUAUUUCAAUUUUUCAUUUUUCUAAAUGCGUCGAGAUUGGCUAAAAUUAAAUCAGGAAGAUUCAGAGUCAGAUUGUUCCUGCAGCUGUGAAGAAUCGGAUUCCAGUGAGUCUUGCUCAUGUGAAUACGAAAGUCUCUCAUCUUCAGAACCUGAGUCCCCUAAACACUUUAAUAGAUCGUCUAAAGUUGGUAAAAAUGAGUUGAAUGGUUUUCAUUCUCAUGAUGAAUCUACUCAAAACUACUUAAAGAUUGAUAACUGUUUUGUUAAUAAUAAUAAUUCUGACUUCUCAGGUGUGAAUAAUCAAAAUUUAACAUUAAAACAACCGGAGCCUGGGUGUAACUUGUGUAAAAACUCUCUAAAUCCUGAGUUAAAUCUGCCAAACAUUGAUUUGAAUUCAACUUAUAUCCAGAAUGAACUUAAAGAAAUCCACGCUCUGUUGUCUGACACUAAUCCUGAGCCAUCGUCAACUAUGAGUUAUCCCCUUAGAAAUAACCCAAACCACUACAAUUAUCAAUCGCCAGGGUUUUCAAGCUUCCCAUCAACUCCAAACAUGAUGUCAAACAUGGAGUACACAAAUGGGUUUCCUGUUUUAAACCCUCAAAACAACUUCAAAUUGUGCUGUUGGCCGAGUGGUUUUAUCAAUCCUAAGUAUUCAUUUAAAGACUCGGACUAUGAUGAUAUGGACAAACUCUUCAAUAUGUUAGUUUCUCUGGAUCUGUACAGUUACAUGUACGUUGUCGAGAACGUUCUAGACCAAAGGCUUAAAGAGGAACUUGCACAGAUUAACUGCUAAUAUAUUAAUUAAUUGAUA